AUGAAUUUAUUAAAACAAUCAAAAUAUGUUGUAAAAGCAGUGAAACAACAUAGUCGAAUACGUGUAAUUUUUCUUCAGCACAACAUUCCUUCACUAAAAGACGGUAUAUUCAACCUUAUAACAGUUUUAGUGAAAGCUGAAUUUGCAAAAAACUCAUCUGGUGGAGCACUUCCAUCAGAUGCCGAUCAUGACUAUAGUAUUAAAUUAAUUCAGAGAAAACUAAAACCACCUUUAAAUGAUAAUGAUAUUAACGCUAUUCAUUAUUGGGCAAAGAAAAUUGCUCAGGUGUCAAUAAAAUUGCAUGAAAAUCCGAUGUGA